UGACACGUAAAUGUUAACCAUCCGGGUUAAGUCGAACAACUGAGGAGAAGAGUGCGAGGAACGAAUUUCGGGCAAACUAAACUUUUUCUGACGACAUCGGAAUUCGGAGUAUCGGAUUCUUCAAAAAAAUCCGAAGCUUAAGAUUGGAGAUCUUCCACAAAUUUGAGGGAUAAACCCAGAAAUUAAUGGAUGUGUUUCUGCUCUUGUUUCAUUGUUAGGACGAAGUUUGGUCAGUAACCCAUGUCAACGGUUAACGUAAUUAAGUCAUCUCUUGAUUCCAUAAACCAGGUAUCAGAACAACUUCAUGAGGCUGUUGUUUACCUAGAUGCUGGAUGCACUGAGAGUUUCCAAUAUCUCGGUGCAUUCUCUUUGUUGUUGGAACAUGGAGCACGUGCUGUUUGCUGCUUGGAGAACAUGUCACCACUUGACAUGGCUGCUGAUUGGAAUGGAACAUCAGACUCUGCAAAGAAAGUGGUUGUUUUAACAUCAUGCCUAUUGAGUGAUGUACACCGCUAUACCAUACGCUGUCUGGGAGCGCACCCAAGUAUUCAGUAUUGUUACAUUUUCACUUCUAUCUCAGAGAUAGCACACUCAGCAUAUCCUGAUUCACCCCUUGGCCCAGAUGCAUUUCGAGAAUAUGAGUCCUUGUUAAUACAAGAUUAUGAAGAGCUUUCGAAUAAGCACAAGAUUAAGUCUGAACGGUUGGAUGAAAGGGACUUAUCAGAAAGCUUGGCCUCCUUAGAAGGUUGGGCUCAACUUGAUGACAAAGACAUUUCUCACAUUGUCACUAGCCCUUGCGUGUCAAAUAUCUUUGAAGAUAAUCCGAAGCAGAAAGAGCAAAAGUUGGUCGUGUCUGUGCAGCACUUUCCAAUGAUAUUUUGUCCCUUGUCACCAAAUUUCUUUGUCUUACCUUCAGGAGGAUCAGUUGCUCAAGCUAGCUUGGCAACUGAGCACGAGCAUUCUCUUAGUCCUGGGUUGCCCCCAUUAAGCGUUGGUCUUGCUUCUGAAGGUGAAGAUGUUCCUGGGGCAACUCUUACAGCCCAUUUUCUCUAUUAUCUUGCUUCUAAGAUGGACCUAAAACUGGAAAUAUUUUCCUUUGGGGAUCUAUCAAAAACUGUUGGAAGAAUAUUGACAGACAUGUCAAGUCUUUAUGAUGUAGGUCGUCGUAAGAGGUCAGCAGGCUUGUUGCUGAUUGACCGCACUUUGGAUCUCCUGACUCCAUGUAGUCACACCGAUUCCUUUUUUGAUAGAGUAUUUUCUGCUUUAACUCGUAGAGAAAGAUCAUCAUAUUCUACACAUGCAAAAAACUCACAGACCCGAGGAAAGCCAAUUACUCGUAUACACCGUGCACCUCUCGAUGUUCGAAUACCACUUGACAGUGUUUUCAACAAAGAGUCUAAAGCUGAUAAUUUUCAACUACUGGAAAGCAUUGAAGCUUUUCUAUGUGGUUGGAAUUCCAGCAGUUCUGAUCCAAAGAUCCAGGACCUGAUUGACCUUAGCUCCAAAAUUCAAGAUGAGAAGUCCUCCGACUCUAUACAGCAUACGUUUGAUGGGUCCUUUAUGGCUGCUGAAAGUUUCCAUGGAACACCUUAUUUAGAAGCUGUAUUAGGAAGGCAUAUGAAGGAUGGGACAGUACUUGUUAAGAAGUGGCUCCAAGAAGCUUUGCGCAAGGAGAAUAUAUCUGUGAAUGUGAAAGCUCGAUCUGGUUUUGCUACAAAGUCAGAGUUGGAACCUAUGAUAAAAGCGCUGGCUACAAGUGAUUCUUCUUUUCUAAGAAAUAAAGGGAUUAUCCAGUUGACUGCUGCUGCACUGGCUGCUAUGGAUGAAUUACAUUGUGACAAAUGGGAUGCAUUUAUCAGUGCAGAGAAAAUGUUGCAUGUCUCUGCCGGAGACACGAGUCAAAGUCUUGCUGCUCAAAUAGGUGACUUGGUCAACAAAAGUAUUUUAACUAGAUCUCAAGGUGGAAAAUCAAUGUCCUCCCAAGGAUUAAUUUCUUUUAAAGAUGCAUUGCUCCUCACAGUAAUGGGAUAUAUAUUGGCGGGUGAAAGUUUUCCCACAUCAGGAACUACUAGUCCUUUUUCAUGGCAGGAGGAGCAUUUAAUGAAGGAAGCCAUUGUUGAGGCUAUACUUGAGAACCCAGAGUUAGCAGAACUUAGAUUUGUACAUGGUCUUGCAGAAGAGCUUGAUGCAUACCGAAGCAAGAUCAGCUCAAAGGAAAAAAAUCUUACAGAUGAAUUAUCAAUCGAUGAUUUGGAUGAUGAGGAUUGGGGAAACUGGGGUGAUGAGGAUGCUGGGAAUGCUAGUAAUAAAGAGCAAGGAUAUGAUGAUAUGCAGCUCAAACUAGAGUUGCGCGACAGGGUUGAUAACCUUUUCAGAUUCUUGUACAAGUUAUCUGGUUCAAAAAGAAGAAAUUUACCAUUGAGGGAAGGUCCCUUUGCCUCAGAAUUAGGUACUGGAGGUGACUCCUUCGAAAGUAAAGGGUUGCUAUACAAGCUAUUAUUGAGAGUGUUGGGAAAAUAUGAUGUACCUGGAUUAGAGCAUCACUCUUCAACUGUGGGUAGACUUUUUGGAAGAUUUGGCCUUGGGCAGGCGAAACCUAGUCUAGCAGACCAAAAUCUUAUCCUUGUUUUCAUUAUAGGAGGCACCAACGGUCAAGAGGUACAUGAAGCUUUCGAGGCAUUGUCUGAUAGCGAGAGGCCGAAUAUAGAGCUUAUAGUUGGUGGCACAACACUUUUAACCCCUGAGGACAUGCUUGAGUUACUUCUGGGAAACUCUAGUCACUUCUAAGGCUCUGUAUCACUGUAUGUAUUGAUCUGAUCCCCCCCCCCCCCCUAAAUCUCUGAGCUCAACACAGGUUAGUUAUAGGCUCUGUAGAUAUUGACCUCAAAGCUAUUCUCCUUUUUUUCCCGUUUUUUUUUUUGGCGGGUGGGGGAGCUUACGUUAAAUCAGUAUCUCUUAAUUGUAUUUUUUUCUGUUGUAAUCUUUCUAUACAUCUGGAUAAGUAGAAAAGCUAUCUUAUAUCCUUUUGUUGCUGUUUUUGGGCUGCUGACAUUGAUGUCAUCACUGUUAUGCUUUGGAGUUUGGAGGCAUGAACGUAAUCUUCAAAUAGAAAAUUGAGUUCUCUUAUUUA